ACACUCGAUCCAGGAAGUGUUCCUCUUUCUGUAACUGUCGCUCCGGCCUCAACAUGGCGACCAGCCAGCAGUGGGUUCUGGUGGAGAUGGUGCAGGCAUUCUAUGAGGCACCUGCGUAUCAUUUAAUACUGGAAGGAUUUUUGAUCUUAUGGAUUAUACGACUUAUAUUCUCCAAGACUUAUAAAUUGCAGGAACGAUCAGAUCUCACAGAAAAGGAGAAAGAAGAGUUGAUUGAUGAAUGGCAUCCAGAGCCGCUUGUUCCACCUCUCUCUAAAGAUCAUCCAUCACUCACCUAUAAUAUUGUGUCUGGCCCUCCAAGCCACAAGAUCACGGUUAACGGAAAAGAAUGCAUCAACUUUGCUUCCUUUAAUUUUCUUGGUCUUCUUGAGAAUGAAAGAGUUAAAAGUGCAGCUCUGACCUCACUAAAAAAGUAUGGUGUUGGCACCUGUGGUCCUCGAGGGUUUUAUGGUACAUUUGAUGUGCAUUUGGAGCUGGAGGACAGAUUGGCCAAGUUUAUGAGGACAGAAGAAGCAAUUAUUUAUUCCUAUGGGUUUGCCACCAUUGCAAGUGCUAUACCAGCAUACUCGAAAAGAGGGGACAUUUUAUUUGUAGAUGAAUCUGCCUGCUUUGCCAUUCAGAAAGGAUUGCAAGCCUCUCGAAGUAACAUCAAGUAUUUCAGGCAUAAUGAUAUGCAGGACUUGGAAAGACUGCUAAAGGAACAGGAACUUGAGGAUCAAAAGAAUCCAAGGAAAGCUCGAGUGACGAGAAGAUUUAUAGUUGCAGAAGGAUUGUAUAUGAACACUGGAGAUAUUUGCCCCCUCCCUGAACUGGUACAAUUGAAGUACAAGUACAAAGUUAGAAUAUUCCUGGAAGAGAGCCUCUCAUUUGGUGUUCUGGGUGAACAUGGAAGGGGAGUUACGGAACAUUUUGGAAUUAACAUUGAUGAUAUUGAUCUCAUUAGUGCCAAUAUGGAAAAUGCCUUGGCUUCAAUUGGUGGAUUUUGCUGUGGCCGAUCAUUUGUAAUUGAUCAUCAGCGAUUGUCUGGUCAAGGUUACUGUUUCUCAGCCUCUUUGCCCCCUUUGUUGGCAUCUGCUGCUAUUGAAGGACUUAACAUCAUGGAAGAAAGCUCAGACAUUUUUCUUGUUUUGAGGGAAAAGUGUGAAAGAAUUCACAAAGCAUUACAGGGGGUUCAAGGUUUAAAGGUCAUAGGUGAGAGCUUCUCUCCUGCAUUCCAUCUACAACUAAAGAACAGCACUGGGUACCGUGAAAAAGAUACCAAAUUACUCCAAGAUAUCGUAGACAUUUGUAUGAGUAGAAAAAUUGCAUUAACCCAGUCUCGUUAUCUGGAAAAAGAAGAGAAAUAUCUGCCACCACCAAGCAUACGUGUGGUAGUAACCGUGGAGCAGACUAAUGAAGAAUUAGAUAUGGCUGCCUCUGUUAUCAAGGAUGCUGCAUAUUUAAAACUAAACUAAAUUAAAUUUAAUUUAAAGCAAGCUUAACCUAAAUUCUCAACACCUCUUCUUUCCUAAUGAUAGAAAGGUCUAGAGUGUGAGGAAUUAAGACUUUGAUAUUGCAUAUCAAGAUAUGAAAUUGAUACAUUCCAGACUUUGAAAAGGAACACAAGCUGUCAGAAAUGGUAGGAAAUACAUAAAAAAAAAAAACUAAUUAUCGUGGUGCAUGCCAUUAAUUCCAAAUGCACCUUAUUAUAUAUAAGCACUGUUACGCCAUUGUUUUUGCACUCCCCCCACCCCUCCCCAUUUUAAUAUAAUAAAAAAAAUCAAAUUGUCUCUUCAAUAAAUCUUGAUUGCAGAACAAAAAUUUAUAUUCUUCUCUUCCCUAUUGCCUUAAAUAUCUGAAAUGAGUCUUUAGAAAUUAAUUCUAUAGAAAAAAAUAUAUAUAUAUCUGAUACUAGCUUGUUUUUUAAGGAAGUGCUAGUAUCAUGUAAGCAUAUAGAUGUGUAUAUAUACAAUAUACACUCACUUGUACUUGUGAAGUAUUACUUAAUCCUAUCUUUUAGAAGUCCAUUAGUCCUCUUUUUUUUUCACAAGGAAUCAAGCUAUUUUAUAUAUGAUGAAAAUAUUUGUACCGUAUCUUGAAAGUUUACAGAAUGGGUUUUAUAACCUACAUAUGCAUUCUGUCAUAUAAUUUAAUCUUGUAUUGUCAAUUUUUAUACUUCUGAUAUCAUUUUCUUGCAUUUAUAUAAAUUUAGAUCAAUUUCAUUCCUUGCUUAUUGCAAUAUAUUAAUGCAGAUUUUUUCGUCCCUAUAGUUUUUUUUUUGAUUGUAUAAAGUUCCAAUUAAUCAGUACUAACAUGCAGUAUCAUUUGGUAUUAUAUGUGGUAUACACAGUUUCAAGCCUAAUACCGCUGUGUUUGAACCAGUAUUGAGAAUUAAGCCAGCUUUUCCUGUAACUUGCUUUAAUAUGCCUGUAAAAAAAAAAAAAAAAAAAAAAACUAUUACAAUUAUACUUUUUACAUUUUCAAUGAAGUGCUAAUUCACGUACAUGGGAACCAUUAGUUCUGUGCAUAAUAGCAUAGCAUAAAGUGUAAUCUGGCAGAGAAUGGCAAUUUAUUUUUACUCAAAGAUUUCAAACAAUACCAAAGUCUUGGUGGGCCUUGGGUUAAUCUGAAAAUGCGUUGCAUGGAGCAUCCUGGAACAAGGGAAGAACAUGCAUAUCUGUUUUUAGUGUAUACAAUCAUGAAUUCAUUCCCCCUAGCUACUUUUUGACUGUUCCCAAGGUACCAAUAAAAUCUGGAAACUUUAGAAUGCGUGAUAGAAGUAGCAUUUCAAGAUCUAUAUAAUUGCCUUAUGAAGACGGCAGAAAUGUUUUCUUUGUAUAAGUAAUCUGAAGAACACAAGUAUCAUUAUUACCAGUGGCAAAGUACACAUUUGUUUCUAUAUAAUUAUAGAACCUUGAAAAGAGGUGAUACCCAAAUACAAAUCACUAUUAAGGCUACUGGAAAGCAAACUGUAUUCAUUAAAAACUUGAAAUUGUCAGCAAUAGUCCCUGAAAUGUAGUUUAUCUUUCUGCUAUUUUAACCUCAAAUGUUUAGUUUUUUGACUAUUUUGCUUUAAAUUUAUUUUUCUCUAGUCAAUUCCAAAAUGUUUCCAGUUUAUUAAAAAUAUACACAAUAAUAAGUACAGCUGAUGAGAUGAACCAGACCUUGAAACCAAGAUGACCAUGCUGUAAUAAAUCUAUCCCCUGCUUGAUGUUCUUUGGUACGCCAAGGCAGAGUACUGUCUAUUACAUUGGUUUGCUAGAAGGUGCUGUGUACCCAACCAUAGUAAUUCUGUAUAUAGUGGCAAACCACAAUAAAUCAAUAUAGAAUGUGGGAUUAUAUUGUUUAACUGUUACCUUUUGAAUUGCAAAUUAGGCAAUGUGUUUAUAAACUGGGAUCUGUCACACUAAAAUAUGUAAUUUCACAAGAUGUGCAUCAAAUUACCUCACUUGUAGUGUGCUGAGACAGUGACCACCUACUUUAGUUCUUUUCUGGUUAUGAUGCAUGCGAAUGUGAUGAUUGCAAAUGUUUCAUUGAAAAGAUUGAAGAUGUCAGAUGCUACCCAUUUUAUAACAGCAGUUAUAUGCCUAAAUUAUUUUUUUUCCAUUAAACAUUUUUUAUGCAAAAUUGUAGUAUUUAUAUUUAUACUGUACUUUCCUGGUUAUUUUUUAUUUUUUGCAACCCAUGUGCCUUUAUGUCACUGCUGAACACUA